AUGCCUGCGGGCAAGGAAAAGCUCCACAAAACCAGCACAGUCGCCCUCAAGAAGGCGCCUGCUGCAGUCACGGGAAAGACAGCAGCCAAGACCGCGCGCAAGGCUCCCACCAAGCCCGCCCCCUCCAAGACCAAGCCAGUCCCAACACUUGCUGACCCGGCCCCUCCGGAGGUGAAGCCCGUUGCCGCCAAGAGUGCUGCGAGGACCACCAGGACCCCUUCCAAGAGGAAGGCUGCCGCUACCAAGGCAGCGCCAGCAGCCAAGCCUGCCGCCAAGCGCAUUAAGACCAGUGCUGCCGCCAAGCCGAUCCCUGAUAUUGCCAAGGAGACGAAGACCCCUGGCAAGAGCGUGAUUGCCAGCCUGGUGGAUGUCGCCAGUACUUUCGCGGGUGCUGUCAAACGGCGGCUCAGCAUUGCAGGCACCGCGGAGUGA